UCAAUCAACGUUUGAUAUUACAAAAAUGUUAUUCCCCCCUAUGUUGAAGGGCCUGCUGACCAUUUUUGUGGUCGGGGUUCUCGUCGGAUCGGUGUCGGUAGAGGCUCAGACGGUGGCCGAUAUCGUGACAGAUGAGUUCUUUAAUGACAUAAUUGGUCAAUCAGAUGCAGGUUGUGAAGGGAGGAACUUUUACUCGAGGGCUGUAUUUGUUGAGGCUCUCGGUUCGUUUCCUCGAUUCGGUACGGUCGACGAUACUAGGCGUGAGGUUGCGGCUUUCUUCGCUCAUGUCACGCAUGAAACCGGACAUUUUUGUUACAUAGAAGAGAUAGCCGGUCCAAGCUUUCCCAACCGUCAGUAUUGUGAUCCGAACAACACCCAAUAUCCAUGCAACCCGAACAGAAGCUACUACGGUCGUGGUCCGAUCCAAUUAUCGUGGAACUUUAACUAUGGACCAGCCGGGGAGAGCAUCGGGUUCGACGGACUAAAUUCGCCCGAAACGGUGGCCAAUGACCCUCUUGUCUCCUUCAAGACGGCCUUAUGGUAUUGGGUGAACUCUGUUCAACCGGUCAUAGGGCAAGGGUUUGGGGCGACGACUCGAGCCAUUAACGGGGCCAUUGAGUGCGACGGUGGGAAUCCGGCAGCGGUUCAAGCUCGGAUUAACUACUAUACACAGUAUUGUAAUCAGCUUGGGGUUGAUCCUGGACCUAAUCUUUCAUGCUAG